AUGCUUGUCAGUGCGCGCGCGCAGCUGUUAAGCCGUAGCGUCCGUGCUCCGCUCAUGCGGUCGAACAGGCUCGUGAUUGCGGCGCUCAUCGCCGGGCAGCAGACGCGCGGGUUCAACUGGGAUCCUCGACUGUGGGGGCAAACCGUGGAGUCGCGCGGCAGUAUCCCAAAACUUGAGGACGAGCUGCCAGAAAUCUUCGCGAGCCAGCCGGCGGAGUUUGACGACUAUAUCAGCCCAGAAAAGAGCACCUUUGAGCGUCUCGAGGACUUUUGGGAUUGGGCGGUGGGCUUUAUGCAGCCGGUGGAAAAGCAGAUUGACAUCAUGCGGAGUUUGCGCCACGAUGGGCUGUUUGGCUUCAACUCUUUUGAGAGCUGGGGACACGUACUUUUGUUCUAUGGAGCCAUUCUGCGUUUCCUGACAUUGGCGGCGUCUUUGUACAGCCACCGCAAUGCGCUGCGGAUGAAUCAAAUUGGCCCAAAACUUUCCGAAAUAACGAGUCAGCAGAACAAAGCCAGGAACGAUAGCACCCUUUCCACAGCUGAGAAGCGCAUAGUUAAGGAGGGUUAUAGCCGAUUGAAGAGUGCGUUAAUGAAGAAGCACAAGUGUUCGCAGUGGAAAACUUUCGCGACGAUGCUCACGGCACCGGUCACGAUGUCAGCCUUUCUGUCAGUCCGGCGGCUCGCUCUUUACGAGGAAGAUCUUCAAGCAGUUCCUUUCCUGUGGGUAACGGACCUCACCCUGCCUGACCCGACGUACGCCCUUCCCGCCGUCUGUGUUACCAUGUUUUUAGGAAACUUUGAGCUGAAUCAGCGCAUGCAGCGCGGCGGGCGAAGCUCGUCAAGCAUCUACAUUCGAUGGGGAAUGCGGGCUGGAGCGACUGUCGGAUUCUACUUUAUCGCCCAGCUGCCGGCGGCUAUGUUUGUCUACUGGAUUGGAUUGUCCAUGGUUGGAUUGCUGCAGCCCAUUCUACUGCGGUGGCAACCCUUCCGCAACUUUUUUGAUUUCCCGGAUCCACCGCAAGCUGCACGGCAGAGAAUUGUCUCAAAGAUUAAGGGGCCAACACUCUACGAGCGAUUUCUAGUCUCAAAGGAAGAAAAGCUGAGACGGGAGCGAGAACGUAGAGCACAACAUGAUCUCCUUAGCAAAAGGAAGUUCGAAACAAUUGAUGACUAUGAGGUGAUCUUUGAGCCAACCCCAGCAAAGCCUUCCUCAAAGCCAGUCUUUGGAUUUAAGCAAAAGAAAUGA